CUCACCUAUUUUAGAUCUCUCUUAUACACUAUGGCUAUUGCUUGCGCUGUCGUUAUCGAAACCCUUCUCGCUUUCAUCCUUCCCCCCGUCGCUGUCUUCCUCGUCCGAGGUUGUGGAUGCUCACUCGUCAUCAACAUUCUUCUCACUCUUCUGGGUUGGUUGCCUGGUGUUAUCCACGCACUUUUGGUUACUUGCGGUCCUCGACCAGGUGAUCUUACACCCCGCCGUCGCAGAUACUAAAUUAUAACAAAAAGUAACAGCCCGUACACUUGG